AUGCAUUUCUCCUCCUCCCUGACCAUUCUAGGCCUCGCGGUCGCCAGCACCACAGCUGUCGACAUUCGCUUCUACCCUGACUCUGACAGCUGCGGUGGUCGUACCGUCAACUGCGCCAACAUGAAUCCAGACGUGUGCUGCAGUCUGCCUGGUGACGCACCCAACUCGAGCUUCAGCGUCGAGGCAAUCCCUGGAGACUGGAGGGUCCUAGGCUACGGAUACUAUCAGAACAACUGCGGCGGCAGCAUCUCCAACACUGGCUAUGCCAGAGGUUACUCGACCGGCUGUGUCGGCGGCAGGAUCACCAGGAGCGCCAAAUGGUUUUUCUCUGCUGGCAAGCGCGACGUUGAAGAUGCUCCUGUUGCGCAGGAUGCUCAGGAGUGCAGCAAGCCGAACCAGCUCACCUUUGAGGACGGCACUCAACUUGAGCUCGAGGGCCUCACUGAGGAGCAGUACACCCACACGUGCGGUGAAAUUCUACUAACACUUUUGCGCGGGUAUAUCAAGAACUUUAUCGCCGGCGUUGGUGCGGCCGAGCUUACUGCGGAGCUUGCCGCUUUCCGCAAGUGAAAGAGUCCGGCCAUAGAACGCAUAUAACAACAAUGAACGGAAGACCUUGCAGCACCAUCGCCCGAAUCAUCAUGACUCCUGGGAGUCUCCGUCCAUCGGUUGCAGAAAACCCGAUUAUCGUCUCAUAUAGUUUUUGUUGUUCAACUCAUCUAUAGAAAAUACACAUUCAUCAGGC